AUGCCCAGCCGACUUCGCGAAGAAGGUCCUUCCGAAACGCCUGACCUUAACCUUCACGAGCUGCCCCAGGAGGACGAGGAGCGUCUGGGGAAGCUGUUCACGCAAUUGGACAAGAACGGGAACGGUAGGAUCGACAUACAUGAUUUAUCGCACGCGCUCAAAGAGCACGGGGUGCACCAUGGAUACGCUGAGAAGUUUCUUAAAAGCAGCAAAAGCAAGAGCGGUGAACUCUCAUUGGCAGAUUUCAUUUAUUAUGUCAGAGAGCACGAAAAAAAUUUGAGGCUGCACUUUUCCCACCUCGACAAAAAUAAGGACGGCAAAAUUGACUUAGCUGAGCUCAUCAAGGCAUUCAGUGAUCUUGGCAUACCUUUGGAGAGAGGCGAAGCCAAAAAUUUGUUGCAAAGUCCAAUAGAUGAUACCUGGAACGUCCAAUAUGAGAUCAUACUUAGAAUGGAUCAAGAUGGCAGUUUGAAUAUCAGUUACGAUGAAUGGAGGGACUUCCUUCUUUUGGCUCCGAGCAGCAACAUUCGAGAACUCAUCGGCUAUUGGAGACAUUCGACUUACUUGGACAUCGGGGAGGACAUGAACGUCCCCGAUGACUUCACGCAGAACGAAAUGCAAACCGGGAUGUGGUGGAGGCAUUUGGCCGCGGGCGGCGUCGCCGGCGCCGUAUCCAGGACCUGUACGGCUCCUUUAGAUCGAUUGAAAGUAUUUUUACAAGUUCAUCCGCAGAAGCAGAAAAUCAACGAUUGCCUUCAAAACAUGCUGCGCGAGGGAGGGAUGAAGGGACUGUGGCGCGGCAACGGCAUCAACGUGCUGAAGAUCGCGCCGGAAUCGGCGAUAAAAUUCGCGGCGUACGAGCAGAUAAAAAGACUGAUCAAGGGCGAUUCGAAGGAAGCCUUGAGCAUUUACGAAAGAUUUUGCGCGGGCGCGUUGGCGGGCGGCAUUAGCCAGAGCUCGAUUUAUCCAUUAGAAGUACUCAAAACUCGGUUAGCUUUAAGGAAGACCGGCCAGUACAAGAGCAUAGCCGAUGCCGCUUACAAAAUUUACGUUACCGAAGGUCUGAUGAGUUUUUACAGAGGCUACAUUCCAAAUAUAUUAGGUAUUAUUCCAUACGCGGGUAUUGAUCUAGCUGUGUACGAAACGUUGAAGAAGAAGUAUUUUAUGACGCAUUCGAGCAACGAACAGCCCAGUUUUUGGACGUUGCUGGCCUGCGGCAGCGCCAGCAGCACCUUGGGUCAAAUGUGCUCCUAUCCCUUGGCCCUAAUCAGGACGAGGUUACAAGCCCAAGUGGUCCAUUCGACGGAGGACUCGUCGUCGGCGACGAUGACCGGCGUGUUUCGCACGAUAAUGGCGCGAGAGGGCGUGCUGGGCCUGUACAGGGGCAUCACGCCGAAUUUCAUCAAGGUGAUGCCGGCGGUGAGCAUCAGCUACGUGGUGUACGAGUACUCGAGUCGCCUGCUGGGCGUUAACAUGACGUGA